AUGAGGAAAAAUUUCAUUUUGAAAACAUUUCAAACAAAGGGAAGAAAGAGCCAAAAGAAAAGCGAUUUAGAGUCGGGACGAGUGGCCGAAGAAGACUAUGCUUUCGAUAAUCCUUACUUUGAAGACGAAGAAGACCUCAAAACAAAACCACAAACACAUUCACAAACAAAUACUAUUAUUUCAUUGCAAGUAACUUAUUUCGAUACGUUAUCGCAGGGGAAGGUAUGGGAUGAGAGGAAUGGUAGGGAUGGCAGCGAUGCCUUUGAGGCUAUUUCGCCAAAAUUAGUAAUCUGGAUGAGCUCGCAGUCGUUGAACACAAAUCUAGCAUUUUUUGGUCCAAACAUUUAG